CCUAUGGAUCACCUCUUAGAAGCUCACCACAGGAGAGACAGUCCCUGCAAAAGGCUCCUGAUCACAGCCUCAAUCCUUAGCUGUUGUAUCCAGCCAACAUCUGCUCGAGCUGAUCCCGUCAGUGUUGUACCAAGCCCACCCUAUGGCAUGGUGGGUGGCGAAGUCACCUUGUCCAUCCUGGGGUUCUCAAAGACUGCCUGCAGGUAUACCUGGUACAGAAAAUCAGCAGAAUCCUCCAACCGGAUCAUUAGCUACCACAUCCAUACUGGAGAGCAGACACCAAAAAAUAGCCGGGAGAUGAUAUUCUUCAACGGCUCUCUGCUCAUCCCCAACCUCACCCUCAGUGACAAUGAUGACUACAUUAUACAAGUUAUUCACUCAGAAUGUGAAGUCACAACAGUUCGCAUCCAUUUACAGGUGUAUGAAGACCUUCGUUCUGGAGGAGGUAUCAAAGCUGGCAUUUUGGUUGGAGUUGUGACCCAGGUGGCCUUGAUUGGGGCCUUCAUCUAUAUCCUGUGCAUCAGAAAGACCAGACGAGCCUCUCAAGGUAUCCUAGGACAUCCAAUUCUAAGAAGGAGGACUCGCCCAACCCAGAAAACAGGUGAAGACUCCACACUGUACAUGAAUAAUGUUUCAUUUCAAGGAUUUCCUCGGCUUCCACAGACCCAGCUCAAAUAG